CUGACCCCUCUCUCCAUUGGUCACCCUCAGGCUGAGCCAGAGCCGGAAGGGAGCGAUGAUUGGCUGCCAGGCGAGAGGCGCGCUGUGAUUGGCCGGUUCCUGGAGAGUGUCGCGGCAUCGGUGAAUGCGGCAGUGAGGGAGGGGCCGCCCCCGCCCAGCAGCCGCCCCCUCCCCCCCCCCACGGGGGGGCUGCGGGGGGACCCAGCCCUCCCCCGCCCCACGAGUGGCCGAUGCAUCGCGCCGUGGAGCCCCUGGGGGGCCGGGCCGGACGGGACCCCUUCGCCGUGGGGAGCCUGGGCUGCGGCGGGGGCUGGGCCGGCUGCCCCCCCGGGCCUGGCUGCCGCCCCCCAGGUGCUCCUCCAGCCUCGGGGCCGGCGCCGCUGCCCCCCCCCCCACCUGGCGCCCCCCCCCAGCGGGAAUGGGGGCCCGCCCCUCCCCCACAAGGCCUUCUACCCCCCGGGCCGGGCCCCCCCCGGAGCCCCCCCCCGGGCUGUGUCCGGGCUCUGCAGCCCUGGGACCCCCCCGGGCCCGAGGCCACCCCCGAGCUGGACGAGCCACCGAGCUGCCACCACGGGCGCCACCGCGGCCACCGGCCCGGGGACAUGGGCCACCGGCCUGGGGACAUGGGCCACCGGCCUGGGGACAUCGGUCACCGCUCUGGGGACAUCGGCCACCGCCCUGGGGACAUCACCCACCGGCCUGGGGACAUCGGCCACCGCCCCGGGGACAUCAGCCACCGCCCCGGGGACAUCGGCCACCGGCCUGGGGACAUCGGCCACCGCCCUGGGGACAUUGGCCACCGGCUUGGGGACAUUGGCCACCGCCACGGAGAUGUGGGCCACCGCCAUGGGGACAUGGGCCACCAUCCUGGGGACAUCGGCCACCGGCCUGGGGACAUCAGCCACCGGCCUGGGGGACAUCGGCCAUCGUCACGGGGACAUGGGCCACCGCCCUGGGGACAUGGGCCAUCGCUCUGGGGACAUCGGCCACCGCCCUGGGGACAUUGGCCACCGGCUUGGGGACAUGGGCCACCGCUCUGGGGACACUGGCCAUCGCCACGGAGAUGUGGGCCACUGCCAUGGGGACAUCGGCCACCGCCCCGGGGACAUCAGCCACCGCUCCGGGGACAUCGGCCACCGCUCUGGGGGACAUCGGCCACCGCCAUGGGGACGUGGGCCACCGGCCCGGGGACAUCGGCCACCGCGGGGGACGUCAUCGGGGGCCACCGCGGGGACAUGGCCGCCCGCAUCGGGCGCCUGCAGCAGGCCCAGCUCUGGAGUUUCCCCCCUGGCCCUGUGUCCCCCCCCCGUGCCCGGGCCCUGCCCCCCCUCCAGCAGGUCUGGAGCCUGCUGCACCCCGAGAAAAGGACGUUCCCGGCCAAAAGGGGGGGGGGCGCAGCUGAAGAGGGGGGCGGCCCCCCCCGACCCCCCCGCGGGGCAGCCCCUCCCCCCCGCCCAGCCCCCCCCGCCCCCCCCCCGAGGAGGCGCCCACCCCCCCUCAAACGGCGCCGCAGCGGCAGCCCCAGGGGGGCUGUGGGGCGCUGCCCCCCCCCCGGGCCCCCCCCCGCCGUUCCCGGGGCUGUGGAGCCCCCUCCCCCCCCCCGCCGAGGCCUGGGCGCCCCCCCCGGCGCCACGGGGCACCCCCGGACAGACAGGAGCAGCGCCUCGUGGCCCCCCCCGUUCCCCCGCCCCGCCCCUCCCCCGCCGGUGCCCCGGGCCCCCUCCCAAGCUCCCGACCCCCCGGUACCAACCCCCGGAGCCGCCGGGGGCCGGGGGGGGGCCAGCGGGGGGGGUCCCCGCCCCCCACCUGCCCCCCCCCCCGCCCCUCCCCCCUGCUGCGCCCCCCCCGAGCCGCCCCCCCUGCCCUGGCUGAAGGAGCCGGGCGGGGGCGACCCCCUGGACGAGAUCCUACCACCCCCCGCCCCCUCCCCCCACCCCCCCGCACCCCGAGCCCCCCUCCCCCCACCUUUACCCCCCCCUCCCCCGCCUUCCUCCGACCCUCCCGGGCCCCCCCCCCCCGCCUCUUCGAUUUCGGGGCGCCCCCCUUGGACGAUCAAUUCGAGGAACCCCCCCGAGUUCGCCAAGAUCCUGCCCGACGGCCUGGCCAACAUCAUGAAGAUGCUGGACGAAGUCCAUCCGCCCCUCCCCCCCUUCGGGACCCCCCCAGGCCACGGGGACCCCCCGGAGCCCCCCCCGCCCUUUACCCCUUCGGCAAACGGGACGACCCCAAAGCGCCGCCCCCGUUUUACAGCAGCAAAGCCCCCCCCGAAAAACCCGCGGGACCCCUCCCCAAACCCUCCCCCCCUUCCCCGCGCCCCCCCCACGCCCCCUCCCCAAAUCUCUACCUCGCCCCCCGCCUGGGGCCCGCCCCCCGCGCCCCCCCCGGGCCGCAGCGAGUCGGAGGCGCUGGAGGAGAUCAGCAGAGCCUGCGAGACCCUGGCGGAGCAGCACCGCGACCCCCCGCCCCGGGCAGCCGCCGCCACCGCCGCCCCCCCGUCCCGGCACCGCGACCCCCGCCGGGGCGGCCCCCCGCCGCCGCCACCCCCCGCAAGGAGGAGCCGCCGCCCGCCGCCGCAGCCGCAACAACGGGAACGGGACCGGCCCGUGCUGGCCACGCUCGACCUGCAGAGCCCCGGCGUGCAGGAGAAAGGGGGAGCCCCCCCAAAGCUGGAGACAAAAGGGGGCGCUCCCCCAAACCCCCCCCCGGGACCCCCGGGCCCCCCGGCCGCCCUGGUCAGCUCGGCUGAUCUGCUGAAGCUGCGCUCGCUGGGCGAGGGGCCCCCCAAGGAGCUCAAAAUCCGCCUGAUCAAGGUGGAGAGCGGGGCCGGGGGUCCCGGGGGGCUCCCCGCGCUCGGGGGGGGUCCCGGGGGGGACCCCGGGGUCGGUUCGGAGGUGGGGGAGCCCCGGGGGCUGCCGCUGGCUCAGUUGACGAUCCGGCACAGCGCCGCCGAGGUGGUGCGGGCCAGCAAGCAGGCGCGGCUGAAGGGGCCGUUCCGUGAGUCGUACCUGUGCCCGGCGCAGUCGGUGAAGCCGCGAAUCGACGCCCGCGAGCAGCUCCCGCGGGACAAGCUCAACCCGCCCACGCCCAGCAUCUACCUGGAGAGCAAGCGCGAUGCCUUCUCACCGGUGCUGCUGCAGUUCUGCACCGACCCCAAGAACCCGAUCACGGUGAUCCGCGGGCUGGCGGGGUCCCUGCGCCUCAACCUGGGCCUGUUCAGCACCAAGACCCUGGUGGAGGCCAGCGGCGAGCACGCUGUGGAGGUGCGCACGCAGGUGCAGCAGCCCUCGGACCAGAACUGGGACCUGUCGGGGACGCGCCAGGUGUGGCCCUGCGAGAGCAGCAGGUCCCACACCACCAUCGCCAAGUACGCCCAGUACCAGGCGUCCUCCUUCCAGGAGUCCCUGCAGGAGGACAAGGACAGCGAGGAUGAGGAGGCCGAGGAGCCCGACAGCACCACCGAGACCCCGCCCAGCCCCCCCGACCAGAAAUCCCACCAGAUCAUCAAGUUCGGGACCAACAUCGACCUGUCGGACGCCAAGAGGUGGAAGCCGCAGCUGCAGGAGCUGCUGAAGCUGCCGGCGUUCAUGCGUGUGUCCUCCACGGGGAACAUGCUAAGCCACGUGGGACACACGAUCCUGGGCAUGAACACCGUGCAGCUCUACAUGAAAGUGCCCGGCAGCCGCACGCCAGGCCACCAGGAGAACAACAACUUCUGCUCGGUGAACAUCAACAUCGGCCCCGGCGACUGCGAGUGGUUCGCGGUGCACGAGCACUACUGGGAGACCAUCUCGGCCUUCUGCGACAGGCACGGCGUGGACUACCUGACGGGCUCGUGGUGGCCCAUCCUGGAGGACCUGUACCGCUCCAACAUCCCGGUGUACCGGUUCGUGCAGCGCCCCGGCGACCUGGUGUGGAUCAACGCCGGCACCGUGCACUGGGUGCAGGCCACGGGCUGGUGCAACAACAUCGCCUGGAACGUGGGGCCGCUCACCGCGUACCAGUACCAGCUGGCCCUGGAGCGCUACGAGUGGAACGAGGUGAAGAACGUCAAGUCCAUCGUGCCCAUGAUCCACGUGAGCUGGAACGUGGCCAGGACCGUCAAGAUCAGCGACCCCGACCUCUACAAGAUGAUCAAGUACUGCCUGCUGCAGUCCAUCAAGCACUGCCAGGUGCAGCGCGAGAGCCUGGUGCGCGCGGGGAAGAAGAUCGCGUACCAGGGCCGCGUCAAGGACGAGCCGGCGUAUUACUGCAACGAGUGCGACGUGGAGGUGUUCAACAUCCUGUUUGUGACCAGCGAGACGGGCGGGCGCAACACGUACCUGGUGCACUGCGAGGGCUGCGCGCGGCGCCGCGGGCCCGGCCUGGCCGGCGUCAUCGUCCUCGAGCAGUACAAGACCGAGGAGCUGAUGCACAUCUACGACAGCUUCACCCUGGUGACGCCGCCGACCCCCAGAUGAGCCCCCGGUGGGGGAGGGGCCCGGGGCUCCCCCUGCCCCUCCCCCCACGAACACUUUUUAUUUAUUCGCGGAGAAAUCGCCCCAAAACCGCCCCGGACGGCCGGGACGCCCCUCCCCCACCGCGGGGGGAGGGGGGGGUUGGGUGGAAACUCCGGAUUUUCUACAAAAACCGAUUUCUAGCGAUUUUCAGAGCCCCGCCCCCACCGCCCCUCCCCCCCCGCGUG